CAACCCUGAAUUCAUCACUAGCGCUCCGUCUGCCAUCCACACACGCACACACACACACUCCCCAAAACACACACGCACACUCGCCCUCCAACCCUGCCAGCCGCCUCACAUCCAUCUUCACACUCUCCUGUUAAUGUUUAUUUGCUUAUGUUUAUUUAUUGUCCAUCCUGGAAAUUAAAAACACGCUGGAAAAGAAAAGGAAAAAAAUAAGACAACAUCAAUAACAACAACAACAACAAACAACAACAAAAAAGGAUUAUUAUUCAUUUCUGAAUGACGGGCGGCCGGUUCGACUUCGACGAUGGCGGCACUUACUGCGGCGGCUGGGAGGGCGGGAAAGCGCACGGGCACGGCGUGUGCACGGGGCCGCGCGGCCAGGGCGAGUACAGCGGCGCGUGGUCUUACGGCUUUGAGAUAGUCGGUGUGUAUACAUGGCCCAGCGGCAACACGUACCGGGGCUACUGGGCGCACGGCAAGCGGCACGGGCUCGGCGUGGAGCGCAAAGGACGCUGGGAGUACCGAGGUGAGUGGAGUCACGGGUUCAAGGGCCGUUACGGAGUCCGCCAGACCCGGGAGUCACCCGCCAGGUAUGAUGGCACCUGGAAUAACGGACUGCAAGACGGAUACGGGGUGGAAACCUACGAGGAUGGGGGUACAUAUCAGGGUCAGUGGAUGGGUGGGAUGCGUCAUGGUUACGGCGUGAGACAGAGUGUCCCGUACGGCAUGGCCAUGACCAUUCGUUCCCCUUUGCGAACUUCUCUAUCGUCCCUACGAAGCAUGCAGAGCAACGGUGCUGUGCUGCUGCAGGAUGAGGCCUCUAACGUGCCGGCCAACACACGAGGCGGCUUCGUCUUAAAUGUCUACGGUAAGAAGAAAAAACACCCUUUGGUCCGGCGUGGAUCGUUGUUCGGGAGCCUCCGUCAGCUCCGCAAGUCCGAAUCGAAAAGUUCCGUUUCGAGCAAGCACAGCUUGACACGCAGUUCCCCCAUGAGCCGAAUCAGCUCGAGCGACAUUGAGGACGAGGACAAGACGGACACCGAGGACAUUGUAGACACAGAGGACAAAAUGGACGCCACAGUCACGGAGUCCUAUGCAGGAGAGUGGAAAAAUGACAAGCGAAGCGGCUUUGGAGUGAGUGAACGCUCCGAUGGCACCAAAUACGAAGGGGAGUGGAUGAACAACAAGCGGCACGGAUACGGCUGCACCAUUUUUCAGGACGGAACCCGGGAAGAAGGGAAGUACAAACAUAACACGCUGGUCCGAGGGAUAAAGAAGCAACUCAUUCCACUCAAAAAUCCCAAAACCAAAGAGAAAGUGGACAGAGCAGUGGAGGGGGCAAGGAGAGCAGCCAACGUCGCCAGAACCAAAGUGGAAAUCGCUGUGUCAAGGACAACCCAUGCCAGAACAAAGAGUGAAUCAGCAGACCAGGCUGCAGUUGCUGCUGACCAGGAGUCAGAUCUUGCAAGGGCUAUAGCAACAGAAUUAGCUCCUGACUUCCAGCAACCAGGCCUUGAGUACAUCAAGCAAAACUUCACUGAGCACGUGGAGGAGAUUAAAGAAGAUCCACCAAAGGAGGAGAAGAAGCAGAAGAAAGAGAAGUCUUCGACAGGCAGUCCUUUUUAUCGCCGCGGCACGACUCCCUCACACUCGCCUGCUCACAGCGCGACUCCCUCACCUCCAUUAUCACCAACGAAGAAAAAUCAACAAACAAGUACUGGUGUGACACGAAAGAUUAGCAAGGAAAGCGCUACCGCAACCCGUAAAAUUAGCAAAGACAACAGUGCUAUAUCCCAUAAGAUUAGCAAAGAGGAGAGAGCCACCACUGUAGCCGAAAUUAGCAAAGUUCCUAGCGUCAAAAUUCAAGAUACCGCACCGCCAAAGCCGCCUAAGCUCAACGAACCAAGGGUAAACGGCCAAUUACACACUGCUUAUCAUAGCUAUUACGUGAAAACACAGAAGAACAUCCCUCCGCCAGAGGAGCCGGAGGAUGAAGAGCCUGAAAUGACUCAGUCCAGUUUAGCACGAAUGCCACCACCUCCGAAGUCAGUGCCGUCACCCACACCAAAACUAGAGACAACGCUCAGGAAACAAGAAAGUGUCAAACCAAAGAGUCUCGCUGAAACCAAGAAAGCCAGUGUGGAGAUCACGAAUGAGGUGUUAGAAGAUAAUACGGGUCCGAACUCUAUUUUAGUUGCCAUGGUGAUGCUGUUGAAUAUUGGAUUGGCCAUCAUUUUUGUACACUUUUUGACAUGAUUGCGCUGUGUUUCAGGACUGUUGUUGGCUGGAUAUUCUUGGUUGGUGGACUAUGACACUGAGGUGUUUAAAGGUGACCGGUCCUGCUGUGAGAAUAAUCCACCAUCCAAAUAAUAUCUGAUCAGCAGUACCAGAUAUUUACAUUUAUGGAUGGGGUUGAACAAGGCUUAUUAAUUACGCAGAGCAACAGAUGGGCCACAGACUGUACAUCUACAAAGCGACCGAUAUACAGCUAUAGCAUAGGCGGCUCUACACUGCCACGCGAAAGUUUCUGAACAUUCUAGACAUCUUUAAAAAGCAUUUUUUGACCUCAGUAAAUGACCUCAUACUCUGAAACCUGAAAACCUAAGCAAAGAUAUAAGUGAACUGAGAGUUGCGUGUUAUUAAAUGCUUAUACCACAGCACUGUUCUUGAAUCUGAUUGGUCAAAGGUAUUAUUGCUGCUAUAACGGCAGCUGAGUGUGGUUGGCAGUAAUUAAAAGUAAGGGUUUAUAUUAAAGCGCUCAUUGUAAUACAUUAUCGUUUUUUAUAUCGUUUCUUAUUCACAGAGACUUGCAUGGUGAAUGGUUUAUAGUUUAUAUAUUCACCUUAGAAAAAUCAUAUCACUGAUAAUGUGAAGUUUUCUUCUUUAUUAUGUUUAUUUCACAUUUAUGGAAGUCUCCGGUGCCAGCUCUUUGUAAGAGUCAAUACGUUUUCCACCAUAGGAAAGUUUUCAAAACAAGGGAGUUUGCAUUUUCCGGUUUCUCAGUAACAUGACAAGCUGGGCUUUUUUUUUUUUUGUCUUAGUAACUUGAAGAGAGAGAGAGAGAGAGAGAAAGAGAGAGAGAAAAAGAGAGGCUGAUAGGAAAACAACUGUUUAUAUAUUAUACACCAAUCAGCAAUAACAUCAAGUCCACUGACAGGUGAAGUGAAUAACGUUGAUUAUCUCAUUACAAUGGAACCUGGCAAGGGGUGGGAUAUAUUACACAGCAAGUCAGCAGUCAGUUCUCGAAGUCGACGUGGAUGUCGGAAGCAGGAAAAAUGAACAAGUGGAAGGAUCUGAGUGACUAAAAAGGACCAAAUUGUGAUGGUUAGACGUCUGGGUCAGAGCAUCUCCAAAACAACAGGUCUUGUGCGGUGUUCCCGGUAUGCAGUGGUUAGUACCUACCAAAAGUGGUCCAAGGAAGGACAACCGUUGGACCGGCGACAGGGUCAUGGACAUCCAUGGUUCACUGAUGCACGCUGGGAGCGAAGGCUAGCCCGUCCGGUCCGAUCGCACAGAAAAGCUACUAUAGCACAAAUUUCUGAAAAGGUUCAUUCUGCCUACGAUAGAAAGGUGUCAGAACACACAGUACACCACAGCUUGCUGAGUAUGGGGCUGCGUAGCCAUCUGUGCCAGAUACCACAGCACACCUUCAGAGGUCCUGUGGAGUCCAUGCCUCGACGCGUCAGAGCUGUUGUGGAGGCACAAGGGGGGACCUACACAAGAUUAGGCAGGUUAAUGUUAUGGAUACAGGAACUAUCCUGUUUCACAAAUGUUCCACAACAUUAAAUGGAACUGCAAGCAGUUUAAAAGCAUGGCAUGUCAUUCAUUAACCAAUCAAAAAUGUAUUAAAUGUCAAGUCACUGUGGUGUAAGAGGAAUAAAAUACGUCGGGGCGUACUGUUAUAGGAAGAUGGCCCACUUGAAGGUGGUAACAGUAACUCUACUUCAUCGGGCCAUAGGACCCCAUCUCGUCAUGGAUUAUUUUCCUAAAACUACACACCCCUUCAUGUAUAUACUAUAAAGGGAAUUAUUGGAACAAUCUAGUGAGAAAAGGCUAGUUUUUUUUUUUUAUUUAGCACACAAUUUAUAUUUUACGUUUGGGGCAAUAAUAGCGAUUAAACUGUUAUAACACAUACAAUACAUACGGCAGUAGACUAAAAUGACAAUUAACCAAAAAUUGUACUGACUGUUAUUCUAAAUGCCGAUUUUGUACUUUGUCGCUUAUUUUUACUUACUUCAUUCUUCUUUAAUAUGUGUUUUCCCCUUGUAAACACUUUCAUUACACAAGUACACGUAAGACUGGACUGCUAUUUCUUUCAGUGGGACUUCCUGCAAGCUGUAAC